AUGGCCCAGACCAAUGGCGAACUGGAGCACUCGAAAGAGACUCCCGAACAGCUCACCAAUGGUAACCACCCUGAGGAAACUCAGGAAGAGGAUAACACCGGUGGUCUUUUCCAGAUCACCGUCAAGCUCCCUCAUGAGCCCUACAAGAUCCAGGUGAUGGUGUCGAGCCAAGAACAAGUUCAAGAUGUGCGCCAAUCGAUUGUCGAGCUGCCCAGCACCUUCCAGUACACCUGCUUCCACCUCGAAUUCAACGGCCAGCGCAUCAAUGACUUCGUCGAGCUGUCCGAGGUGCCUGACCUGAAGGCUGACUCUGAGAUCACCCUGGUGGAGGAUCCCUACAACGAGAAGGAAGCUCGUAUGCACGUUGUUCGCAUGAGAGAGCUGGUUGGCGCUGCGGGUGACCGGGUUGACAACCUCCAUGGUAUCAGCGCUGGUCUGUCUCUGCACGAUGCCAUCUCCGCUGAGGUGGCUGAUGCGUCGGAGAAGGAGCACUCCCUGUCCAAGUACGACAUUACUAGCUCCCCCUCUCUCAAGACCAUCCUCCCCCGCGCCGAAGCUCCCCUUCCCAAGACCGUCAAGGCCAUCUCUCUCUCCCCGUGGAACCCCGUUCCUUACCACCUCCGCCAGAAGGGUCACUUGCUUUACCUCCAGGUCACCACCAACGAGGGUGAGCAGUUCCAGAUCACCUCUCACAUCUCCGGCUUCUACGUGAACAAGAACUCGAACAUGAAGUUCGAUCCUUCCCCGAAGACCAUCCCCAAGAGUGGCCGCGCGCACUCGCUGCUCACCUUGAUCGCUCACCUGUCGCCCUCCUUCAACGCCUCUUUCGAAGCCCUCCAGGAGUCGAACAACAAGAAGGAUCUCCUGACCACCUUCCCCUUCCAGAACGCCAUCCCCAACAACCCGUGGCUUGUUCCCCCUCCCACCUCGACUGCGAACGCUCACCAGCCAGACAUCACCCGUUCCCAGGAGAACUACCUCAUCUCCGGCGUUGACAACGCGGAGACCCUCCGUGACUGGAACGAGGAGUUCCAGACUACCCGGGAGCUGCCUCGCGAGACUGUUCAGGACCGUGUUUUCCGUGAACGCUUGACCUCCAAGCUGUUCGCUGAUUACAACGAGGCCGCCGCUCGCGGUGCCGUCCUGGUGGCUCGUGGUGAGGUCGCUCCUCUGAACCCCACUGAGAGCCGCGAUGCUCAGAUCUUCGUUUACAACAACAUCUUCUACUCUUUCGGUGCUGACGGUGUUGGCACCUUCGCCUCCGAGGGUGGUGACGAGGCUGCCCGUGUCGCUGUCGGAAAGGAUGUUGUGGGCAUCAAGGCCGUCAACCAGCUCGACAUCAACGGUCUCUUCACCCCGGGAACUGUUGUCGUCGACUACCUCGGCAAGCGUAUCGUUGGUCAGAGUAUUGUCCCCGGUAUUUUCAAGCAGCGUGAGCCCGGUGAGCACCAGAUCGACUAUGGUGGUGUUGAAGGAAAGGAUGUCGUGGCCACUCACCCCGACUUUGUGUCUGUUUUCGAGAAGAUGUCCAAGGCUCUUCGCGUCAAGAAGCACGCCGUGUGGGACAAGGAGGGCCAGCGCCACGAGCUUGAGGGUAGCGUGGAGACAAAGGGUCUUCUGGGUACUGAUGGCCGCAAGUACGUGCUUGACCUCUACCGCGUGACUCCCCUGGAUGUCAUGUGGCAGGAGGAGGAAGGUAGCGAUGCCUACCCGCACCGCAUGUCCGUCCUGAGACUGGAGCUUGUUGAAUCUUACUGGAGGCACAAGAUGAGCCAGUACGUCAAGGCCGAAGUCGAGCGCCGCCGUAGCGCCAAGGCUGAGGCCGAUGCUGCCAAGGCUGAAUCCUCCGAGGCUACCGAAUCCAAGGAGCAGGCCUCCGAAGAGAAGAGCGAGGAGGACCAGGAGCGCGUUGACAUCUCCGGAUUCUCGCUUGCGUUGAACCCCGACGUCUGCAGCGGCCAGGUUCCCCAGACCGAUGAGGAGAAGGAACAGUGGGCCCAGGACGAGAAGGAGGUUCGUGAGACCUGCGACUACUUGCGCUCCAAGAUCAUGCCCGAAUUGAUCCAGGAUCUGCACGACGGUGAUGUCGGCUUCCCCAUGGAUGGACAGUCCCUCAGCCAGCUUUUGCACAAGCGUGGUAUCAACAUCCGCUACCUUGGUAAGCUGGCUCAGCUGUCCAAGGAGAAGGGUUCUCGUCUCGAUGCCCUGUCUACUCUCCUUGUCCAGGAGAUGAUUGCCCGUGCCUUCAAGCACAUUGCCAACGAAUACCUUCGUAACGUGCCGGCGCCAUUUGUCGCCUCUUGCAUUUCUCACUUGCUCAACUGCCUUCUGGGUGCUGAUGUCAACCCCAACCCUGUUGCCGAGAUCGACGCCUCUCUGCGCUCCAUCUACCCCGAAGGCGACUUCUCCUUCGAGAAGGCCACCCCUGCCACUCUCCGGGCUGCGAUUGAGAAGCAGGUGACCAUUCGGUACCGCUUCACCCUGGAAGCCGAGUGGUUCAACUCUCUUAGACACUUGCAGCUUCUCCGUGAUCUGUCGAUCAAGCUCGGUCUGCAGCUUGGUGCCCGGGAAUUCAUCUUCGACAAGUCGCAGAUCCCUGCCAAGGCCCCCGCCACUAACGGUGCCAACGGUGUUGCCCAGGAGGAGGGCAAGAACAAGAAGAAGAAGAAGGGUGGCGAUUCGAGCUCUCCCGCCCGUGCCGCCAAGGAGGAGAAGCCUAUCCUUGCCAUUGUCCCUGAUGACAUCCUCAACAUUGUGCCCUUGGUCAAGGACGCCUCCCCCAGGAGCUCCCUUGCUGAGGAGGCUCUGGAGGCCGGUCGUAUCUCUCUUAUGCAGAACCAGAAGCAGUUGGGCCAGGAGCUCAUCUUGGAGUCUCUGUCUCUGCACGAGCAGAUCUACGGCAUCCUCCACCCUGAGGUCGCCAAGCUCUACCACCAGCUGUCCAUGCUGUACUACCAGACCGACGAGAAGGAAGCGGCCGUCGAGUUGGCUCGCAAGGCUGUCAUCGUCACUGAGCGUACUCUGGGUGUGGACUCCGCUGACACCAUUCUGAGCUACCUCAACCUCAGUCUCUUCGAGCACGCUUCUGGAAACACCAAGACUGCGUUGGCUUACAUCAAGCACGCCAUGGACCUCUGGAAGAUCAUCUAUGGCGCCAACCACCCCGAUUCCAUCACCACCAUGAACAACGCCGCGGUGAUGUUGCAGCACCUUAAGCAGUACUCGGACUCUCGCAAGUGGUUCGAGGCCUCGCUGGAAGUCUGCGAGUCUCUCUUUGGCCGCCAGUCGAUCAACACCGCGACCAUCCUGUUCCAGCUGGCCCAGGCGCUGGCUCUUGACCAGGACUCGAAGGGUGCCGUUGGCAAGAUGCGUGAUGCCUACAACAUCUUCCUUAGCCAACUGGGUCCCAACGACCGCAACACCAAGGAAGCCGAGACCUGGUUGGAGCAGCUCACUCAGAACGCGGUUUCGAUCGCCAAGCAUGCCAAGGACAUCCAGGCUCGCCGUCUGCGCCGGGUCAACAUGAACCCUCGCUCUCUCGGCACCAAGAUCCAGCCUCAGGUUGGCCAGACUGCUCCCGAGGUCGCUGGAGCCAGGGCUCCCGGCAGUGCCUCCCUGGACUCCCGUAGCGUCGAUGAGCUGCUGAAGUUCAUCGAGGGCGGUGAUGCCGGUUCUUCCAAGGCCAAGCAGAAGAAGCGCGCUGCUGCCAGCAACCCCAAGCUCCGUGGCUCGAAGAAGUCUUCGGCUUAA